CUGAGGAUCUAGAGAUCGUACAUCCUUCCACACAGACACAAUGCUGACCUACAAGGUGACUGUAUAUACUGUUAGACAGUUCAGUUUUGAGAAAAUGGACAACAUUUACCUGACGCUGCUGGACUCAGAGAAGCAGAGCAGUAAAAGAACCCUGGUGGAUCAAUCCUGGUUUUCUCGUUUUAAAAAGGAGUUCUCCCUUGACAUCCAUGUGGAGAAGAACAUUGGAAACAUUGUCCAGGUGAAACUUGAAAAGGAUCAUCACAAUCAUCCAUGGUUCUGUGAGCAUAUCAAAGUGCAAACCCCCUCUGGAGACUGCUUUGAGUUCCCCUGUUACUGGUGGCUAGUGAACGAAAAUGAAGUGAUGAUCCGAGAGGGCACUGCUCGACUGCCUCAGGAUGACACCAAAUCUUUUCAAGAGCAAAGAAAAGAUGAACUGGAAUCGAGACAGAAAAUAUUCAGAUGGAAGGAAUGGAGCCCAGGCCUCCCUAUGAGCAUAGACGCCGAUGUGAAGGAUCUUCCUAAAGAAGUUCAGUUUGAUGUAAAAAAAGAAUUCGACUGGUACUACAAUUUAGGGAAAGUGGUGGUGUAUUUUGGUCUUGAGAAAUUUCUCGGAGUCUUUGAGUCCUGGAAAGACAUUAAAGAUAUUGGACAGAUACUUGAGCAUUUGGGAACUCUGGGCCACAAGUCCGCAGUACUAGAGAACGUGAUGCAAAACUGGAAUCAAGAUUACAUGUUUGGCUAUCAGAUCAGGAACGGCUGCAAUCCUGUCAUGAUCAGGAAGUGCAUGCAACUUCCAGACAAGUUUCCAGUCACACACGAGAUGGUCGAGGGCUGUCUGAAGACAGGACACACACUACGAGAGGAAUUACAGGCAGGAAACAUCUACAUAGCAGAUUAUGAAAUACUGAAGGGAGUGCCAGCAUCCAGCAGCCAGCGCUAUCUGACUGCACCCAUCUGCCUACUGUACAAGAAUGAUCUGAACCAAAUUGUACCAAUCGCCAUUCAGCUGAGUCAAACCCCAGGGGAAACAAGCCCGAUCUUUCUCCCAAGCGAUAAUAAGUUUGACUGGAUGCUGGCCAAGAUGUGGGUGAAAUCCUCUGACUUCAAUGUACACCAGCUGGUCACACACCUUCUCAAGACACAUCUGUUCUCAGAGGUUUUUGAAAUGGCCAUAUACAGACAGCUUUCUGCCGUCCAUCCCGUAUACAAGUUAUUGAUGCCUCAUGUUCGUUUCACAAUUGCAAUCAAUGCAGAGGCCCGAGAAAAGCUCAUCAGUAAAAACGGGAUCUUCAGCCAGGUUGGUAGCAUCAGUGGAGAUGGGAUGGGGAAACUGAUACAAAAUGCCAUGGAGACUUUAACCUACAAGUCCCUGUGCUUCCCUGAGGACAUAAAAGCUCGAGGAAUGGAAGAUGUGCCCAAAUACUAUUACAGAGACGAUGGAAAGAUGAUCUGGGAGGCAAUACACUGCUUUGUUUCUGCUGUGGUCAAGAUCUACUAUGACAGCGAUGAGAAGGUUCAACAAGAUGAGGAGAUUCAAGGAUUUGUUAAGGAUGUUGCCUGCUCUGGCAUGAAUAACUCUGCCAACUUUCCAAAGUCUCUGGAAUCUCGAGAGCAGUUGGUCGAGUACCUGACUGUCGUGAUUUUCACAGCUUCAGCACAACAUGCUGCUGUCAACUUUGGACAGUUUGACUGGUACGCCUGGAUCCCCAACAGUCCUUCCACCAUGCGCAAGCCGCCUCCCCAGAAGAAGGGCCAAGUGGAUAUGGAGUAUAUCAUGGAUAGUCUGCCUGACCGUGAUUGUUCCUGCAAGGCUCUGGCAACAGUUUGGGCCCUCACUCAGACCGAGAACAAUGAGCUGUUCCUAGGCAUGUAUCCAGAUAUGUACUUCACAGAGCAACCAGCGAAGGAAGCCAUAAAGACUUUCCGCCAUAAACUAGAAGAGGUGACCAACAUCAUCAAGAACCGGAAUGAUGAAUUGACAUUGGCUUACUGUUAUCUGUCCCCAGACAAAAUCCCCAACAGUGUUGCAAUUUGAGAAAAUAUUUGAAGAAACAUUUUGCCAGCCCUAAUCAUAGUAUUUACGGCCAAAGCAUGCUUGUUUGUGGUGUGUUUUAGGUAAUCGUUUCACCUUUUAAUUUUUUACCUUAUUGAUAUCUAACAUCUGUAUGGAUUUUGCACUGAUCAUGUUUUGCUGUUUGGAGGGAAUAUAUUUCCAGCUUCAUUUCUUUUGGUAUGUGGGAGGUUUUCUCUGAUAGAGGUUAGCUGAUAAAGGAUUGCAGUCAUGGACAUGAAAUGCAUGUUUUAUGAAUGCUGCAAAGGAAGUGUUUUAAGAUUGUAAACAUCUUUGACUGCACUUCAGAUAGUGGUUAUGUUUGUUUUUCCUGGGAAUUUUGUUGGUAACUCUCACAAUAAAGAAAAUUUAAUAA